AUGUCGGCCACCGAACCCUUGUCCCCUUUGGGCUCUGGGAAAAAGAGGGAGCAGCCCACCCACGAGGCGCUCGAGAGCCCAACGCCCGCAACCGACCUCCCCGAAACAGAGCAUGGCCCCUCGAUCGAAAGCUCACAACAAGCCGAGAUGGGCACAGAACCGCCUACGAAGCCGCGCAUCCCUGCUGGGCUAGUCGAUGUUCAGACCGACACAGCAGAAGUAUCUCCACCUUCAGUAGCAGCACCGUCUCAACCGGACCGGCUUGCGGGACAGGUCGAAGCGCUGUCACUGUCGGUCAAGAUACCCGAGUCCGGGAUGUCCUCGACGGCAAACACUCCUCCCCCUCCUCCUCCGCCCGAGAAAGAUGACUCCUACCUCACCUCGAAUCCAACCGCCCCUGUCGCUACUCCUCAGCCAGCUAGCGCGCCCAACUCCGGCCCAAGCUCUGAGAAGGAGCUCCCAGAUGUACCCGGAGAUAGCGACCCCGAGACCAGCCAGACAGUCCGAAGCAAUGGAGCUCGAGAUGACAAUGAUUCCCAACCAGAGAUCCAGAAUAUUAUGGGCCAGUUCCAGGACCCUGCAAGAACUACCGACCAGGAGGAGAUCAUGUCCCCUCGAUUGGAGCUGGCCGAACAGUUCCGCACAUCGCAGCACUUCCCGCCUCGCAGGUCGAGUCUCGAGCCUGUACACUCCCCCUCAUCUGGUCCUUCAGGGCCCGCCGCAUCACAUAGUGGCCCGGCUGCGCCAGCUCACCACCGAUACUCCGUCGGCCCUGAAGACCUUACUUUGACCCGACAAUCAUCAGCCUCGACUCUCCCACCCCCACCCGAGCCUGAACCAGACCAACCAUUUGAUUUCCACCGAUUCCUAGAGCAACUGCGUCACCGGACUGCUGAUCCGGUCGCUAAAUUCCUGCGCUCGUUCCUGACGGAGUUUGCAAAGAAGCAAUGGAUGGCCCACGAACAAGUCAAGAUUAUCAGUGACUUCUUGGCUUUCAUCACGAAUAAGAUGGCCAUAUGCGAAAUAUGGCGUGACGUGUCGGAUGCCGAGUUUGAUAAUGCGAAGGAAGGAAUGGAGAAGUUGGUUAUGAAUCGUUUGUAUUCGCAGACGUUUUCGCCUGCGAUCCCGGCUCCUCCGACAAUUCCUAGAAGUACAAGCCGGAGUCGGAGGCGAGAGAUUGAAAAACUUCAUGGACCGUGGCGACGGGGCCAGCAUCAAGAGGAUAUCGAGCGGGAUGACAUAUUGGCGCAGAAGAUUCGCAUUUAUAGUUGGGUUAAAGAGGAGCAUCUAGAUAUUGCCGCGGUUAGUGGUAGUGGGCGAAGGUUCCUGAGCUUGGCACAGCAAGAAUUAUUGAAGAUAAACGGCUACCGCGCCCCUCGAGAUAAGGUUAUUUGCAUUUUGAACUGCUGCAAAGUGAUCUUUGGUCUUUUGAGGAACAGCAGAAAGGCCGAUACCUCUGCCGACUCAUUCGUUCCACUCCUGAUCUAUGUGGUAUUGCAUGCAAACCCAGGAAACCUUGUCUCCAACAUCCAAUACAUCCUGCGCUUCCGCAAUCAAGAAAAGCUUGGUGGAGAAGCAGGCUACUAUCUUUCCUCAUUAUCUGGAGCCAUUCAAUUCAUCGAGACCCUCGACCGCACGAGUCUCACCGUCAGUGAUGAAGACUUUGAGCGCAAUGUCGAGGCAGCCGUCUCCGCCAUUGCCGAACAAAACCGUGAACACGAAUCUCUGUCGGAGAAGUCUCCCACUCAACCUACCGCCCCGAGCGGCCCAGCUCCACCAGCAGCUGGACCGAGUCGAAGAGAUGCCUCCCAAUCUGACGACGACACCUCUGCCCCCGUUGCAGGCCUCCUCCGUACCAUCCAAAAACCUCUUUCCACCAUCGGCCGGAUCUUCUCCGACGACGCAGACUCGAGCCCGUCGUCUGCUCAAGACCGUCCGCUCCAGCCUGCAACAACUCCUCAACCAGGUAUUGCGCCCCCACGCCUCACACCCAAUGUCUACCAGCCUCCCCGCGCAAGCAGCGAAGGCCGCCGCUCUGGCGAUGAGCGCCCAGCUCCGCCCCGUGAGAAGACCGGCGGGGCUCAGAAGAAUCUUAGUCGCGUGCUCGACGCUCAAGACGCAGCUGCCCGCCAGGCUAGCGCUGAAGAAGCCGAGGCGCAGCGUAUUCAGCGUGCCGAGCAUAACAAUGUUGUCGAGACGCUUUCGAACAUGUUCCCGAAUCUGGACCGCGAUGUGAUUGAUGAUGUGGUCAAGCAGAAGGAAGGGAGAGUCGGUCUCGCCGUGGACGCAUGCCUUGCUCUCAGCGCAGAGUAG